AUGUACGCCUCCCUCCUCCUCCCCUGGUCCCGCACUGCCCCCUCAGCAGCCGAGACGCAGUACCGCGCCGCCGCCGCCUACCACGUGCGCACAAAGGGCACCAUCUUCUUACUGCCGCCGCCGGAAUCCGCACUGCGAGCGGCAUUCCACGCGCCGCCACGGCCGCGCACCCGCAUGAGCGCCGGCGCCGUCGCGCUCACGAAGCACUUUGAGCGGAAUCCGGCGCCGGAGGCGCAUCCACGGGGGGUGCGAGGAGGAGGGGAGGGAAUGGAGGGUGGUGAAGAGGGGGCUGGGGAUGAGGUUGAGGCUGAUGAGGGUGGAGCAGGCAAGAAGGAUGCGUACAGGAAGAGGAAGAGGCGGGAAGGAGAGGUACAUCCGUACUGGGCGGUGCCGAGGGGGAGCAAUGAGGAGAAGACGCGGGUAGCGGGGGAGAUGCUGGAGAGGGUGUUGAGGGAGGCGCGAUGGAGGAAUGUGAUGCUGUUGCAUGAGGGGGUGGCGGUGUAUGAGGUAAGGGUGGGGAGGGGGUGGGGGAUGAGGUGGACGUUGAGUUUGGGAAGGGGGUCGGAGUCGGAGUGUGGAAGGGGGAUUGGGGGUGGGGCUGUGCUGGAUCGUGAGGGGGAGAUGGCGAAGGAGGCUGAGGUAGACGGCACGAGGGAUGGUGAUGACGCGGACAUGGAAGGGUGGAAGAUCGAGAAGGUCACGUUCAGAGGCUUCCUGGAACCGAUCGCAGGUUUAGAUCACGAGCUUGAUCUCGCUAAAGAGGAAAUGAACGACGUCGAAGUCAGAGAAGGAAAAGAAAAGGAGGAGCCAACUUCACUGGCCGAGCUUCCCAAAGCCCGCACCUGA